AAGUAUAUUUUCCGGCGGAAACAGUCGACCUGUAUUUUCAAACGAAAACUAUGGUUAAACAUCGACUAUUUUUCUUUAAACAUUACACGUUAGACGUUUAAAUGUUUGGACUCAUUUCGAGGUUAGAACACGGUCAUUUUUGUGUCUUAUUUGAGUGUGCAAGCUAGCGUUACUACGACAAGCCAACAAGCGAAUUUGGGACCCCCAGCGUUACAAAUACGGUAGCUUUGGCUAGCUAGUUUGUUUCAAGUACGUUAUUUGAAGCUCCUGUCUUUCUGGAUAUUAGGACAUGCUGAGCCACAGUUUUUGAAUUACAAGGAUGUCAUCCUUUGAACGUUGUUGAACCCAGUGUUUCUUGACGAUGACCACAUUAGUGGCUUAUGAGGAUUCUGAGUCUGAGGAUGAAUGUCUGGACCAGAAAAAAGGAGCUGGCUCACAACACGAAGGGAGGGAAUGUCAUUUAUUGGCAUCGAGGCCUGAUAGUACAAUGUUGGAAUGCCACCUGAAUGUCUUCGGAAAAGACAGUUCCUCUUCACAAAAGCAGAGCUCUUCCCUUGGUACACCUGCUAUUCUUCAGAAAAAGGCUAUCCUGCUUCCAUACAUCGCACCAAGUGUCUCUGAUAAGCCCAAAAGACCCUGCACUGUCCCGCCCGGUGUCCGACCCUACAUUCCCAAGAGGCAAAGACUUGUUACUUCUUCCAUAGAAAAAGAGGACAACCUAACAGGGGGAGUUCACUACAGAGAUUUCCAAAUUCUCUCAGCAGUGUCUCAGAAAAUUAAGCUGCAUCUUGCUCAUAUGCCUGCUCCUGCUGCUGCUGCUGCUGCUGGGAUACCCAAGAAGCUUCUGCUGAGCCUUCAAGGCCACCACGGCCCAGUCAACACAGUGCAAUGGUGUCCAGUUCCUCAAAGAAGUCAUCUCCUGCUGUCUGCCUCCAUGGACAAGACCUUUAAGGUGUGGGACGGAGCCGAGAGUGGACGAUGCCUGAAGGUUUACACCUGCCACUCAGGAGCUGUGCGAGAUGCACGAUGGAGUCCCUGCGGGCGCCAGCUUCUCACUGGCUCGUUUGACAACACAGCAGUGGUUACCGACGUGGAGACUGGCCAUCCCAUCGUCAAAGCGGAUAACCAGUUCAAGUUGAUGUGUGUGGUCUUGCAUCCCUCAAACCCUGAGGUGUUCCUGUGCGGAGGUUACAGUUCAGUGGUCAAUGCCUGGGACUCUCGCUGCUGCAAGGUGGUCAAAGUGUACAAAGCAGCAAUCCAGCAGACGUUAGAUAUUCUCUUUCUGAGAGGCGGCCUCGAUGUCAUCACAAGCUCCGACUGUGUCAGCAGAGACUCUGCGGACCGCACGCUGAUUGCCUGGGAUUUCCACACCACUGCCAAGGUCUCCAACCAGAUCUACCAUGAGCGCUACACAUGCCCCAGCCUGGCUCUCCACCCACAGGGGGAUUCCUUUGUAGCCCAGACCAACGGCGACUACGUGGCCGUGUUCUCCUCCCAGCGUCCCUAUAGGAUGAACAAGAGGCGACGUUUCGAAGGACACAAGUUUGUCGUUCAAGAGACGUGGAGUUUGUCGGUUCUCUCCAUGCUCCUGUGGGCCUCCUACCUAUUCCGAAAACAUUCAUGUUCAAUUCACUGAAGUCUAAAUUGUCCUUUGGUGUGAAUUUGAGUGUGAUUGGCUGGCGACCAGUCCAGGGUGUACCCCGCCUCUUGCCCAAAGUCAGCUGGGAUAGCCCUCCGGCUCACCCAUAGCCCUAAUGAAGACAAGUGCUACUGCAUAAAAAAUGGAUGGAUGGAUGGGUAGAUGUAUGAGGUGAGCAAAAGCACAAGGCUCUUUUACACAAAUGUCAAAAUUGCCAUAUCAGAGCUGUAACAGAUGAACAGAUUUGUUCACCCUAUACCUUUUAAACAGAACCAAGUGAAGCAGAAUUUUACCGCAAAUGCUUUCACACAGCGGCAGAACAUCCCACACGUCAUAUAAUGUGAUGUGUGACAACGUCGGGGUCAAAUGUGAAAUAAAAUUGUUGUCUCACAGCGACAUUUGAAAGAAGCACGUGCCAGCUUCACAGUCCUGUCCCAGUGUUUCGGAAUUCCCUUAUACACACACUGCUCUGACAACACCACCUAUGGCUUGUAUAAAAGGGCCUAUAUACAAGGAUGAAAUACAGUGUGGUCAUCUAAAAGCAUGCAUCUUUCUUUCUAGUAGAGGUGCAACAAUUAAUUGAUUAUCAAAUUAAUUGCUAACGAUACAUCGUGCUUUAUUUAAGUGAAUGUUUUUUUAUGGGUUUUUACAACUGGGAGUGGCAUUAAACAGCUUGAAGCCUCUCUUUUGAUUAAUUAACUAUUUGCCAAACUGCUGCUUAUUGUGAAGUGAAUUAAAGUGAGUUUACUGGCACCAUACAGUGCUCAUAUCUCAUGUUUGCACUUGCAAGUCAAAGCAAAAAAAUCAGCCGAAUGACGGCUAGUAUCUCGAAAAACUCCCAAGUCAGGUCACUUUUAACCUGGAAACUGGCAGGUCACUGUGCACCUGGAUACUGGACUUCCUCAACAACAGACCCUAGAAUGUCAGGAUGGGAAACGGCACCUGCUCCACUCUCAUCCUGAACACAGGGACACCUCAGGGGGGUGUCCUGAGCCCCCCUACUUUACUCCCAAUUUACAUAUGAGUGCUCUCCCCUUCAUCCCAAUAACACCAUUGUCAAAUUUGCUGAUGACACCACACUUGUUGGACUGAUCAAGGAGAACGAUGAGUCGGCUUAUAGGGAGGAGGUCCGGCAUCUCAGGCGUUUGUGGGAAAUCAACAACUUUAAUACAGUCAAGAUCAAGGAAAUGAUCAUGGACCUCCGGAAAUCCAAGAGGAUUGAGCAUACCGCCCUCUUUAUUGAUGAAGAUGACAUAGAGAGUGUGGAAAGCUUCAAGUGUCUCGGAGUCCACAUCUAGGCAGACCUCACCUGGUCCACCACCAUCUCCCAUCAGGUAAAGAGAAAGCACAUCAAAGACUUUACUUCCUCAGGAAACUACACCAAGCUCAGCUCCUCCAGCACCAGGUGAUGCACUUAUAUAGAUCCACCAUGGAGAGACUCGUGACCGACUGCUGCACAAGUUGAUUCAGCAGCUAUACAGCAAAGGACAGGAGAGACCUGCAUUGAGUGGUGAAAACAGCAGAGUGGGUGAUUGGCUGCACGCUACCCAUCCUCAGGGACACCUACAAUGGCAGACUACUAAGGAAAGCCACUGGAAUCAUAAAAGACCUCUGGGAUACCAGACACUCACUUUUCUCCCCUUUUCUCGCUGGAAAACGUCACAGGACAUUGAGGUCUAGAAUCACAAGCCUCACAAACAGCUUCUACCACAAAGCUGUGACUGCAUCUGCACUCAACCCCCUCAGUAAGAACCAAUGACUACCUCCCUCCUUCCUUUUUACACAUAAGUGCAAUAACAUGAAAAAGAACUGGGCAAUACUAUCUGGAAAAAAGUAUGCAAUAUUGAAACGUAAAUAAUUGCAUAACUACAGAUACAGUAAUGUGGUCAUUCUCCCAAAUUUGAACUAUUAUUUGUUCUGUAAAUAAGUGUCGUUUGAUAAUUAUGUGCUUAUAUUUCUUUUUUUGUUUUUUACCUCAACGCUCCAAAUUGUGAAAUCUCUUAACAGAUUUUUAUUGUUCCUGUGACAGUGACAAUAAAGUUCUAUUCUAUUCUCAGGCACCACUGUGUUCAAGUUCAUAUUGGAUCUCACGAUACCCAAUAAAGUGUUCAGUGUCCAUUUUAAAAUGUAGCCCAGCAUGGACAAAAUGAGGAAACAUAAC